CCGCCACUCUAUGCGCGAUGCUGUUCUGGACUGCGUUCAGCCUGGCUUUGAGUUUGCGGCUGGCACUGGCGCGGAGCGGCGUAGAGCACAGUGCCACAGCAUCAGCCCCCCAGGGGGACCUAUUGUUCCUGCUGGACAGCUCAGCCAGUGUGUCACACUAUGAAUUCUCAAGGGUUCGGGAAUUUGUGGGGCAGCUGGUGUCUACAAUGCCUUUUGGCCCUGGGGCUGUGCGUGCUAGCCUGGUGCAUGUGGGCAGUCGGCCAUACACGGAGUUUACUUUUAACCAAUACAGUUCAGGCCAGGCUGUACACGAUGCCAUCCAUGUUGCAUCCCAACGUAUGGGUGACACCAAUACAGGCUUGGCACUGCUUUAUGCCAAAGAGCAAUUGUUUGCUGAAGUAGCAGGUGCCCGGUUAGGGGUUCCCAAGGUACUGGUGUGGGUGACAGAUGGGGGCUCCAGUGACCCCGUGGGCCCCCCUAUGCAGGAGCUCAAGGACCUGGGUGUUACUGUCUUCAUUGUCAGCACUGGCCGAGGCAACCUGUUGGAGCUGUCGGCAGCUGCCUCAGCUCCUGCUGAGAAGCACCUACACUUUGUGGAUGUGGAUGACCUUCAUAUCAUUGCCCCAGAACUUCGAGACUCCAUUACUGAUGCGAUGCAGCCACAGCAGCUUCGUGCUUUGGAGGUUCUAUCCAAUGGCUUCCGCCUGUCCUGGCCGCCCCUGCUAACAGUGGACUCUGGUUACUACGUGCUGGAGCUGGUGCCCAGUGACAAGCUCGUAGCCAAAAGACGCCAGCAGCUGCCAGGGAAUGCCACCAGCUGGAUCUGGACCGACCUCAACCCGGACACAGAUUAUGAAGUAACGCUGCUGCCAGAGUCCAACGAGCGCCUCCUGAGUCCCCAGCACGUGCGAGUACGCACGCUGCAAGCAGAGGAGGCCGGGCCGGAACGCAUCAUCAUCUCGCAUAGCAGGCCGCGCAGCCUCCGCAUAAGUUGGGCUCCUGCGCUUGGCCCGGACUCCACUCUCGGCUACCAUAUACAGCUCGGGCCUUUGCAGGGCGGCUCCCUGCGGCGCGUGGAGCUGCCCGCGGGCUGCAACAGCACCACCAUCCAAGGCCUGACGCCUGGCACUGCUUACCUGGUGACUGUGACUGCCGCCUUCCGCUCUGGCCGCGAGAGGGCGCUAUCGGCUAAGGCCUGUACGGCUUCGGGCGAGCGGACCCGGGACCCGCAGUCAGUGCGGCCGGAGGCCAGACCGCCAGAGCCGUGAACUGCCUGCCCCGCCCACCCGAGGGUCCCUCUUUCCCUAGCUCAGUGAGGGAGGCUGCCGAACCGAGGUUUUUCUCGGGGUUGGGAGGGGUUAGGGGGGUUGGGAGAUAGGGUGCGGGUCCUGCCUUUGACCCACGUGACUCCUCCAGCGGUUUCCCUACUGGGCAUGCUGGGCACCGUCCUUGCCUUGACUCCCAGGAACCCAAUGGCCACCCUGGUAGCCGCACGCGCAAUGGCAGUCCUCUCGGUUGCCAAUGGAGUUGAGCGUACAGUGAUCUUUGAGCAGCAUUUGGCGGGGGAGAUGGACAGUGUCUGAGGGCAGAUUGAGGACAUAAGACCCAGGGCAAGCAAGCAUUUAGGAGAGGAGGCCACAGGGUCUCCUACCUGUGGCAAAGGCCGGGCCCUCUGGUAACGAGGACUUGGAGGGAGUUCCCGGGACCAUUCAGGUCCCGCUUGUGCGUGGAAAGUGGGUGAGGGAACGGGAGGAGAAGCUGGUGCAGGCAGGAUUCCCAAAGGCUUCCUGAGGGAAGGAAGGUUAGGGAGGGGUAUUGGGAGAAUGAUGAUGUUGCCAAGUAGCUUUCAUCAGGAUCCUCCGCCAGCCCAGAGGUCAGUACUAGUCCUGGAAACUGGCCCUGCCUUCCUGCCCAGGACCUGCACUAGGCGGCGCUAUCAGUGCCCUUUUCCAGGAAUGGGAUGAGACCUUAGUGUUUAGGACCUUGGGGAUAGGACACCCUGUGAUGACAGGCUCUAAGGGAGACUUCUGUUCUAGUGUAGGAAGGAAGCUUCAUAGGGGACAGGAACAAACAACAUUCCCCCUGGGAAAGUUCACUUCAAGGACUCUGCAACAUCGAACCCCAAGGUGUCGUGCUGGCCAGGCUACCACCUCCUGUCAUCACCUACUACCCUGGGGUUUCCGACGGAUAGCUAAGGGUGGUCAGAAACAGGCUUCCCCUCAAGUCCCUAUUCAGGGAGAGCCUCUCCUCCCAGAAUCACUUGCCCCAACCCAAGCUCACUUUAUCUCUCUUCCCCACUAACGACCUAAACUCUAAAAUACAGUCAAGUCAGUUAUAAACUGUGCCUGUAGUCUCAUUAAAAUGUUUUAUUUUUCCAGUCAGGUGGUGGUGGUGGUAGUGCAUGCCUUUACUCUCAGCAUGCAGGAGGCAGAAGCAGGUGGGUCUCUGAGUUCGAGGCCAACCUGAUCUACAGAGUGAGUUCCCGGACAGCUAGGGCUACACAGAGAAACCCUACUUGAAAAGAAAAAAAAUUUUAUUUUUUCACCAAAACUCUCCCCAACUCUGUACAUACGUGGGCAGCAUGAAAGGUUGGCUGUACAGGGCUUGUUGUGUCUGGGGAGGGAGGCAAUUCUGCAGCAUCUGUACUCUUAUCUCUCAGCCUGCUCUCCACCUGUGUUCCUUGUCAUCUGUGUGCCAGGGCAACACUUCUGCAGUAGUUCAAGUUGCUGCUUUUACAACUCAGAGUUCAGGAGGCCUGGCUUUACAGGGCCAUCCCCAUCACAGCCUGUGGCCUACUGCCCACCGCCCAGCCCUCUGCUUACAUAUCCUCCUUGCAGUAGUAUCCUCUUUGCGCUACUUUGGCUACUCUAGUGAGUCCCAGGAACUAAAAGUAUUGAGAGAGGUUGGGUGGACUUUGGGGCCCUGCACUGUGUCUGAGCCUAGCAGGGGUGGGUUUCCUGAGAACUUGCUUAAUGGUUCCCCAAGAACCUGAGGGAGCAUUGUAGGGUUCACCCUGACACCCAAAGGAGUACUGCCCACAUACUGAAUGUGUUAUGCCUUUGUGAUGGUAGCUUGGGAUACAGAGCCCUAGACUGCUGGUGGUCGGGGCAUGGGUCCCCU